AUGUCAACAGAACCCUUCACAAUCAGCACCACCGACAUCUUCACCCUCUUAUCCAACCUCAGCACCUCCAUGCGCAUCCCCGCCCCCACGCCCCCCACCGGCAACGCACCCUUCCGUGCACCCCCCGCACACACUUACCCCCUUCCCUCUUUCCACACAGGCAUGGAAACACCAAAUAUGCUCAUCCGCCGCCUCGCGCCCCCAACCCCGGUAUACUGUCCACCGGCCGAGCGCACGGACGAGCGCUUCCGCCGCCUGGUGGCAAGGGUGUGGAGGAUUGUGAUUGUGCUGAGGAGGGCGAAGGGGAGUUUGAGGUGUGUGGAGGUGAGGGAGCUGCUGGGGUGGGCGGAGGGGUGGAUGGGGAUGUUGGAGGAGGAGGCGAGGGGGGGUGAGCAGAAGGCUGUGGUGGAGGAGUUGGUGGAUGGGUUGUGGGGGGUUGUGGAGGUGUGGGGUGGGGUGAGGUUAGCCGUGAGGGGGCAGUGA